GUGACACACGAGCUUGUUCAUGAGCUUCAUCUGUUUACGUUACGUUAUUUGACAUGGACGUGCUUUGACCUACUUGGAGUGGCCGUGGUCUUCUUCCAGACCCGUCUGGAGGUGCACUGCUCUCUGGGAGUAGGUUGAUGCUGCGAGCCAGCAUGGAUGAGGGGCUGCGCUCUGCGUCCUGGACAGAACACUGCUCUCACCUGCGAGUCUGCAGGGGAUCCCUGCAUUUUUCAGGAGCUGCAAGAUUCCCAGGUGGCGUCCUGACUCCAGGAACCUCACCUCAGGUGAUCCAGUCUCGUCUUAUAAUGGGACAGUCACUCAAGCCUGUGCAGACUUUGGCAGCACAUGUGAGCCUUUGACACGCUUAACUGUAUAGUUUCAGUCCUCAUGAUCUUCAUGACUUUGAUGCGCUCAGAGGGUCUUCGCAUCCUUUGCUUCCUUUCACUGAAUAAUGCUGUUCAUCCGAAGAGGAUAUUAACCUCUGUAGUUUUUAUCUGACCACCAAGAUACCACACUUAAUACCAGACCAGGUGAUAGGAGGCUACGGGAUCAGGACCAAUACAGAUUCCUGUCAGCAGGGUGUGUGAAUUGACUUGCUGUCAUCAAUUCAAGACCGUCUCGGUAGGUUCAGGUGUUUGACUAAGCCAUGGCCUCCCUGCACUGCUUCUGCUGGUCGUACCUUCUCUGUUUUCAGGAGAAAAUGUUUUCCAUUCCUAGGCCAAUGAAUGCCACCUUUGUCCCUUCAUCCUCCAUCUUGUGUGAGAAAGCCCCCCUUGCUGCACUCACCAAGCCUGCACAAACUUAACCUCUUCCCCCCUCCGCCUCACACAGGAAAAGAAACAUACCGGCUCUGGGGCUUUGAUACAGGCGCAGUUAUCUGGUGGCCUGAAUGAAGCAGCGGCUGUAACUGGCCAGUCUGGUGAUGUCUGAGCACAUGCUUGAAUGAAGCGAAAGGCCUAGAUCUGCUACAUUACUACUACUGUGAAAAGGUUGUUGAGUCUAAUGUGAAUCUCAACUGAGAUAUGACUAUAAUGCUUUUUAUCUAGGCAAUGCAUAGCUGUGUAGUGCAUGUGAGUUUGGUGUUCAGGCCUCUGAAUUUUAAUUAUAAUGUGAAAUACUGGAUAAUAGUCUUUCACAAACUCACCUUGUGUCUUGGAAAAUGGUACAGUUGGAGUGAAAAUGGUUUAUGUUGAUGCCUCUUGAGCAAAGUGCGACCUGUGGGCCACAUAAGGUCCUCAUGAGGUGAGUGUAAACUACCAAGCUGAUCAUGUUGAGGGCCUUCUUCAGCAUAUUUGGAUUAUUAUAUAGAGACUAUUUUGUUUGGCUUAAAAAAAAAACUGGUCAUUCUUGGUUCAACUUGAAAUAUAAAGUUAAAAUUACUUAGUUUUCUCUUGUUUUGUUGUAUUCAUUUACGUAAUAAAGUGAAAAAAAAUAUUUUAUGUCAUCUUAAAGUGUUGCGUCUUCAGCUUGUCAUUUACUGUUAAACAAAAGACCUGAAAUAUAUCCAGUGAAGUUACACCUGUUGCUUAUUUUUACAAUGGCAAUACAUUAUGAUGGUUUUAAAACCCUUAUUUGCCAUAUAUGAUCUUCUUUUAGGUUCAUUUUUUUAGCUUUUUGCCUUCAUAUUGAGGCUCUUUUUAGCUUUUACCUUGAUAUUGAGGCUCUUUUUCUUUAUUCCUUCGGUUUUUUGACAGCAUGGCACAACAUUCUCACUGUAGAAUGUGGCCCCCUAGGGAAUGUAGUUGCCCACCCCCUGUGUUAAUGUGACAGUCCAUGUUGGAAGUGUCCUAUAAUACACAACCUUGCCUCAAAUAUUUGUUUUUUCUUCUUUAUAUUAGUUGAAACAAGACGUACGGCGUUCAUUUUUGGACUGCUUCCCGGUGACACAAAUUUUAGCAAAAAGGAUCAGCUUCAGUUGAACACAAUCUUUUGACAGGGUUUCAGCAACCGCAAAAUGGGUUCAGUGUGAAUUUCUGAUGUGGCAGCGACAAAUCUACCUGACUUCCAAGUGGAAGACCCCGUUGUCCUUCAAUGGGAGUGGUGGCUAUUGAUGUGGCAAAGAAAGGAGCAGUUGCUGUUGUAGAAAACUGAAUUUCCAGAUUCAUAUCUGCGGGACUCAGUAGAACAUAUUGAGUGGUGAGUGAGUCACUCUCAAGGGCCGGGUACCGAAGUGGUUUAUGUAUAAACGAUAACAGCUCAUUAUAGCAACAGCCCUCUGUUUAUUCUGCCCCAGACCUCAAGACGAGAAUAACCAGGUUGUUGUAGCUGCGCACCAUUCCCUUCUAAUAAAGUAGUAGGCGCUAGUAAAGAAUUAUUCAUCACAAGUGUUUACCUCCUUCUGACUGGACCCUGUUAACCUACUGGGCCCGUGUUAAGCACUGAUGAUGCUCUGACUGUGCUCAUACCCAGACACCCUCUAGACCCCAGGAGCCUCUCUCCUCCCGUACAGUCAGGAAGGAUCACCCCCAUCUCUGCCAUCUCCUCUGGUCACACUCCAACCAACCCCCCCUGCUCCGUCCGUCCAGGUUCCACACCCUUCCUCACCCACCAACCCCCAUCCUCACCAUGGAGCUAUCCCACUGCCUUGCCAUCUCACAGCAUUCCGCGGGCCCUGCACACAGAGGCCUAUUGUAUGUACAGAGAGACGGCAAAAGUCAGUAUACAGUCCCAGCAGCAGAGAAAAAGGCUGCGCACUGAUGAAGUGGCCUCAGUGUUGCCUCUGGACACCAAUGAAGUCUUUAAGAUAUAUUUUUAUCAGCUGUCCUUCAGCUAAGACGGGCACCGCUGAGAAGGGAUGUCUCAUGUGCCUUUGAAAAGGAGUCAGAUGAAGCCUUCUAUUGGUAUUUUGUCACUUGUUUUUGAAGUAUUUAAGCUUGCAUUCAAUGUAUUGCUCAAACAGCAGGAUUGCAAAGCAAAGAAGCAUUUACCAAAGAGCUGGAGAAUUUAUGUCCCCAACCUCCAUGUGACAAUGACUUGGCCCGAGACAGCAAACUGACCGAGUGAGGCUGUUUACCCUUUCUGUUGUCAAAGAUUAUUAGUUCAGCUGGUAAACUGGCUGUUGAAAUUCCUGGGAUGUUGAAACUGUACACCUGAAUUCAGCUGGUGCGCUAUCAGGAAAACAUCUAGAUGGAGUGGAGGGUGUCUUAUUCUUUUGUGGGUCUUCUGGUGGGAAGAAAAGCAUUGAGAUUUCCGAUCAGUUCACAUUUGAUAUCUUGUAAGGCUUAGGGUGAAGAAGCCACGUCCCAAACACCAGCUGUCACAAUGGCUUUCCUUCAGCAAGUUGCUCCUUUAGAUGCCUUCGGAGGUGGCGCUUCUUCCCGUGGAAAGUUGCUAGCUCAGGUGUUUUAAGAAUCUAUUCAGGAUGUCAGCUGUUCCGCUUCUCUUGAGUGGUUUUCAGUGAUUUAUUGUGUGCUAGAGUUUUGUUCUUGCUGGGAAUUGUCUUUGGGAAUGGUGGGAAUAGAUGGAUCAUAUACAGGGAAAGGAGAACCAUUUGUCCUGUAUUAGUUUAGAUUUGUUUCUUGCUGCUUUUCUAUCCAUCUUCAUCUUGGCAGACUGCAGUCAAGAUGGUGAGGCUGAAAUCUUUCUUUGCUGUAUGUGGAAUGAGGGGGGUGCUGUGGUGGGUCACGACCCUGGAAUUACUGUGCCUUUUUACCAAACAAAGACUUGCUUUCAACCCGUCUCACCUGCCUCAUCCACUACAGAGGGAUCCAGGAUAAGAUCGCUGUCAUUAUCACUCACGUUUUUCAAGGGUAGAUGGAGAUAUUUUCCGGGAAUGCAACAAAACCCUGACUGAAGUGAAACCGAUAACCGAUAUGUAAAAAUCGACUCAGUUUAUUUGCAAAACUGCAUCUUGUAUCUAUUCACCCGGAGCUUUUUACUGCUUUGACAGACUACUGUAAAUGGUCUUUGUCCAAACACACAAGCAUCUAAACCGGACUGUCAUGAGUUUGAAGACCUGAACUACAGGACUGGUCCACUGAAAAUCUAAUUGUGUUUCACAGUCUGAUGAUUAAUCCAUAAUCCAGCAGCUAGACCAAAACAGGAGCACCCAGCUGACCCAUUCCAAGUUCCCACCGUUUUUUGUGUCUUGUGAUCGUGUGAACUUUGUAUUUUGUUUAACAAACGUGUUUCGAGUACAGUGCUUUAGUUCACUGAUUUAUAAUUCAUCUUAUUCCUUUUCAUUUUAACGCAGAUUUUGGUAGUAAAUAUUUGAUGUCAUUCAUAUAUAAUCCAUUUCAUUUCAUGAACCUUAUGAGCUUCAACAUUGCUUUAAACUGGGUAGUUACAUUGUAGUAACCGGUAUCUUACCUUCUAAAAAAGUUCAAUGUGUUAUUUGCUGUGUGGAGCAUCACAGAAAGACUGAGAUAUGUGUCCAAGGGCGCAAUAACUUUAUGGGUUUAUGCAGGCCGUCCACUUGAUACUUCCUGCAUAACACUGAUGCUUUGAAGGUUCCAGGCCCAUAGACACAAUCAUUGGGUCAAAGAAAGGCCCCCUGCCUGCUUCCAUUUUUAAUGUGGAAGUGAUGGUGCAUUUCUUGGCCCGGCCAGGCAGGUCAAGGGAGGAAGGAGGGUCAGAGUUAAAAAAAAAAAAAAUCCCUGGGAGAGUGGAUGCAGCUGAAUUGAGGGGAGGGAGGUGAGGUUCAGGUUUCAGCUCGACUGGGGGUCUGGGGGAAGGACUGGUAUUUUGGAAUAUACGAAGAUCCAAAGAAGGCACAGUGGACAUAAAACCGCGGUGCUUGCCCUGACGCGGUGGGUGCAGAGAGCCAGCUGGGGCCCCGCGGUGGAUUCCACUUAGACUUUGGAGGGUUUGACUGCAUGGUGCCAUUAGUCUCUGGGAGCUCACACUUGACACAGCACUGACUGAGCUCGCCCGACUCCAUCACUUCAUCUCUCACCCGAGCUAUUGCAUGUCUAAUAUUUAGACAUGUUCGGCUUUGUGGACUCAAGGACAGUUCUGCUACUUGUAGCAUCCCAACUUGUUUUACUAUCCGUCGUCAGGUGUCAGGAAGAAGACGACCAGGAGGCAGGUGGCUGCAUCCAGGACGGCCAGCAGUAUAAUGAUAAGGAUGUGUGGAAGCCAGAGCCGUGCCGAAUCUGUGUGUGUGACACCGGAGCGGUUCUGUGCGAUGAGAUAAUCUGCGAGGAGAUCAGGGAGUGCGCCAACCCUGUCAUCCCAUCUGGAGAGUGCUGUCCCAUCUGCCCCGCUGACGCCACUGCCCCCACUGAGACACUCGGCGCUAAGGGGCAGAAAGGCGAACCUGGAGAGAUCGCAGAUGUUGUAGGACCAAGAGGACCAGCGGGCCCCAUGGGCCCACCAGGAGAGCAGGGAGCACGAGGACCAGCUGGAGCUAAGGGAGACAAGGGAAACGUUGGACCGCGAGGAAGAGAUGGUGAACCUGGUAUUCCUGGAAACCCUGGACCUGCCGGCCCACCUGGACCACCUGGCCCACCAGGCCUUGGCGGGAACUUUGCUGCUCAGAUGGCGACAGGCUUUGAUGAGAAAUCUGGAGGUGCUCAGAUGGGUGUGAUGCAAGGACCGAUGGGUCCAAUGGGUCCCCGUGGUCCCCCGGGACCUUCUGGAGCACCUGGGCCCCAGGGUUUCCAAGGUGGCCCAGGUGAGGCUGGAGAGCCUGGCCCUGCUGGAUCUAUGGGACCUCGUGGACCACCUGGCCCUUCAGGAAAACCAGGAAGUGAUGGUGAGGGUGGAAAGCCUGGCAAAGCUGGUGAACGUGGACCUGCUGGGCCUCAGGGAGCUCGUGGUUUCCCUGGAACUCCUGGUCUUCCUGGAAUCAAAGGACACAGAGGUCACCCUGGUCUGGAUGGAGCAAAGGGAGAGACUGGUGCUGCAGGAGCCAAAGGUGAAACUGGAGCAGCAGGAGAGAAUGGUGCUCCUGGUCCUAUGGGUCCUCGUGGUCUGCCUGGUGAGAGAGGUCGUACUGGAGCUGCUGGUGCUGCUGGUGCCCGUGGAAACGAUGGAUUGCCUGGUCCUGCUGGCCCACCUGGGCCUGUUGGUCCUGCUGGAGCACCUGGUUUCCCUGGAUCCCCUGGAGCCAAGGGAGAAGCCGGUCCUACUGGAUCCCGUGGAGCAGAAGGACAACAGGGACCUCGUGGAGAGGCUGGAACCCCAGGAUCUCCUGGACCUGCUGGAGCAUCGGGCAACCCUGGAACUGAUGGUAUCCCCGGAGCUAAGGGAUCUGCUGGUGCUGCUGGUAUUGCUGGUGCCCCUGGAUUCCCUGGCCCACGUGGACCACCUGGACCGCAGGGAGCCACAGGUCCUCUGGGGCCAAAGGGACAGUCUGGAGACCCUGGUCUUCCUGGAUUCAAAGGUGAAGCCGGACCUAAAGGAGAGCUUGGUCCCGCUGGUCCUCAAGGUCCACCCGGCCCUGCUGGGGAGGAGGGAAAGAGAGGCGCCAGAGGUGAGCCAGGUGCUGCUGGCCCACUUGGACCACCUGGAGAGAGAGGAGCUCCUGGAAACCGUGGUUUCCCAGGUCAGGAUGGUCUUGCUGGUGCUAAGGGUGCCCCUGGUGACCGUGGUGUUCCUGGUGCUGCUGGGCCUAAGGGCAGUACUGGUGACCCAGGGCGCACAGGAGAGGCUGGCCUUCCCGGAGCAAGAGGUCUCACUGGUCGCCCUGGAGACGCUGGUCCUCAAGGAAAAGUUGGGCCCUCUGGUGCUGCUGGUGAAGAUGGUCGCCCCGGCCCUCCUGGCCCUCAGGGGGCUCGUGGACAACCCGGAGUGAUGGGAUUCCCUGGACCAAAAGGAGCCAACGGUGAGCCAGGAAAGACUGGAGAGAAGGGUCUUGUUGGUCGUCCUGGACUGAGGGGUCUGGCUGGAAAAGAUGGUGAGACUGGAGCUGCUGGCCCUCCUGGACCUGCUGGACCUGCUGGAGAGAGAGGAGAGCAAGGACAGCCUGGACCUUCUGGAUUCCAAGGCCUGCCUGGACCCACAGGAGCCCCUGGAGAGGCUGGCAAACCUGGAGACCAGGGUGUUCCUGGAGAGGGCGGUGCUCCUGGUGCUGUUGGUGCUAGAGGUGAACGUGGUUUCCCUGGCGAGAGAGGUGGUGCUGGACCUCAGGGUCUUCAGGGACCUCGUGGACUUCCUGGAACACCCGGAAGUGAUGGACCCAAGGGUGCUAUUGGACCUGCUGGAGCCCCAGGAUCUCAGGGACCCCCUGGUCUGCAGGGUAUGCCUGGAGAGAGAGGUGCCGGUGGCAUUUCCGGACCCAAGGGAGACAGAGGAGACAACGGACAGAAGGGACCUGAGGGAGCUCCUGGAAAAGAUGGUUCUCGAGGUUUGACUGGUCCCAUUGGUCCGCCAGGCCCAUCUGGACCCAACGGCGCCAAGGGAGAGACUGGACCCAGUGGACCUAAUGGUGCUCCUGGAUCCCGUGGUGCACCUGGAGACCGUGGUGAGGUUGGUCCUCCUGGUCCCGCUGGAUUUGCUGGACCUCCUGGUGCAGAUGGUCAGCCUGGUGCGAAGGGAGAGCUUGGAGAGAGUGGACAGAAGGGAGAUGGAGGUGCUCCUGGACCACAGGGACCUUCUGGAGCCCCCGGACCUGUUGGACCCACUGGUGUAUCUGGACCUAAAGGAGCACGUGGAGCUCAGGGAGCACCUGGUGCCACUGGUUUCCCUGGUGCUGCUGGCCGAGUUGGAGCUCCUGGUCCAAAUGGCAACCCUGGUGCUGCUGGACCCGCCGGUCCUGCUGGUAAAGACGGACCGAAAGGUACUCGUGGAGAUGCUGGACCACCUGGAAGAGCUGGAGAUGCUGGACUUCGUGGACCUGCUGGGCCUCAGGGAGAGAAGGGAGAGCCUGGCGAGGACGGACCUCCUGGCCCAGAUGGACCUUCUGGCCCUCAGGGUUUGGCCGGAUCCAGAGGAAUCGUCGGUCUGCCUGGUCAGCGUGGAGAGCGAGGUUUCCCUGGUCUUCCAGGACCUUCUGGAGAGCCUGGCAAACAGGGAGCACCUGGUUCUUCUGGCGACCGUGGACCUCCUGGACCAGUUGGACCCCCUGGACUCACUGGACCCGCCGGAGAGACUGGAAGAGAGGGCACCCCUGGAUCAGAUGGACCUCCUGGUAGAGAUGGAUCCACUGGUGUCAAGGGAGAGAGAGGCAACACUGGACCUGCUGGUGCUCCUGGAGCUCCCGGAGCCCCUGGUAGUCCUGGACCAGUUGGACCACUUGGCAAACAGGGAGACAGAGGAGAGGCUGGAGCACAAGGACCUGCUGGACCUCCUGGACUGGCCGGUGCCAGAGGAAUGGCUGGCCCCCAAGGACCUCGUGGUGAUAAGGGAGAGGCUGGUGAGGCAGGCGAGAGGGGACAGAAGGGUCACCGUGGUUUCACUGGUCUUCAGGGUCUCCCUGGACCUCCUGGCCCCGCUGGAGACUCCGGAGCAGCCGGACCUGCUGGACCUAGUGGAGCUAAGGGACCGCCUGGAUCAAGUGGACCUGCUGGUAAAGAUGGAGCUAAUGGACAGGCCGGACCUAUUGGACCUCCUGGACCCCGUGGGCGAUCUGGAGAAGCUGGCCCUGCUGGUCCUCCUGGUAACGCUGGACCUCCUGGUCCUCCCGGUCCUCCUGGACCUGGCAUCGACAUGUCUGCCUUUGCCGGCCUCGGUCAGACCGAGAAGUCCUCCGACCCACUCAGGUACAUGCGGGCCGACGAGGCCUCCAGCUCCCUCAGGCAGCACGACGUGGAGGUGGACUCCACGCUCAAGUCGCUGAACAACCAGAUCGAGAACCUGCGCAGCCCCGACGGCACCCAGAAGAACCCAGCUCGCUCCUGCCGGGACCUCAAGCUGUGCCACCCUGACUGGAAGAGCGGUGACUACUGGGUGGACCCCAACAUCGGCUGCACUGCUGAUGCCAUCAAGGUCUUCUGCAACAUGGAGACCGGAGAGACAUGUGUCUAUCCAAGCAUCGCCAAGGUUCCCAAGAAGAACUGGUGGAGCAGCAAGAGCAAGGACCGCAAGCACGUCUGGUUCGGAGAGGCCAUGAACGGAGGCUUCCACUUCAGCUACGCUGAUGACGGCCCCGCCGCCAGCGUCCAGCUCACCUUCCUCAGGCUCCUGUCCAAUGAGGCGUCCCAGAAUCUGACGUACCACUGCAAGAACAGCAUCGCCUACAUGGACCAGAGCACAGGCAACCUGAAGAAGUCUCUGCUGCUGCAGGGCUCCAACGAUGUGGAGAUCCGGGCUGAGGGCAACAGCCGCUUCACGUACAGCGUGUUGGAGGACGGCUGCAAGAAGCACACAGGCCGGUGGGGCAAGACUGUCUUCCAGUACAAAACACAGAAAACCUCCCGCCUGCCGAUCGUGGACAUUGCUCCCAUGGACAUCGGAGGAGCCGACCAGGAGUUCGGAGUGGACCUAGGCCCCGUCUGCUUCUUGUAGACUGGAAUAUCACCCAAGCCCCCAGAAUAACAGGAAACGUAUAAACUCCUCCAUGUAAAGCAGAAAACACUCCACGAUCACGAAGACUGGAAAUAGCAAAGAAAUUGGAUUUUCACAGCAAAGUGCUCUCCGUAGUUGUACUCCCUGGAUGUUAGCACUGAUGGGCACCGGCAAUAUCUGUGCAUCCUCCCAGCAUUCUCUGUCAACCCACUCCUGAUGGACGGGAACCAGUCGGAGCCGGGAGGACGAGGGACCAGUUAUGAACAUGAGUAUUUAUUGUCCAGCGCGAGUGGACAGAGCUGAGGUAGGACUGGACGGGUUCAUUUCGGAAGUCAGAGAAGCCCAUUUCCACUACAGAGUCGCCGCACAACUCUGUACCAGUCCUACUCCAACUCCCUCCCAGUGUCCUUCCUGUCAUUCUGAAUCAGUGUAAACCAAAAGCAAAGUAAAAUACCAGUGAAACCAAGCAGGAGCCGAAACUUUCCUGUGUAUGAUAUAAAUCCUUGGUUCUAUUGUUGUAAAGGUUCAUGUUUAUAAGCGACCAGAGAUGUGUAAAUCCACAUGAUGUGUGUACAUGUGUGUGUGCGCAAGCUUGUUUUGAGUGAGGUUACAUGAAGAAUCGAGGUUCCUCUACCCAUCAGAUUUCAACCCCCCCCUCACCCCUCGUCCCUCUAACUCAUUUUCACUGUCGUCAUCCAGAUUGUUGAAAGCUACCUCACGCUUCAAAACAAGGUGAAAUAUGGAGAUACAAUCUGAGCUCACCUAAUUCUGGCUCAGGUGGAGCUGAACGGCCUCUUUACUUUAGGUUGCUCUCUUUUCAGAUGGUGCUGUGAGUUCUGUAAGUCCACCCAAAACACCCCCCGCCCCUUUCCCUUAACUCCCACUAGCCUCACACCACACACUCACACACCACCCUGCAGGAGGGGGGAGUCUCACAACGAAGGACGGACGGAGGUCGCUGAGGGAGAAACAGCCAGGGUGGGAUGUCUCUGUGUGCGUGAGGGCAUGUACAUUUUUAAAUUAAUUUUAUUAUGAUUUUUCUUUUUGGUUUUUAUUUUGUUACACUUCUUAUUGAUGU